GCAACACUGUAGUUUACGUCAGUGGCUCAGUUUGCGGCACACGUGUGUACAGUGGGGUAUUUUCUUUUGGUGGUGUUUUUAUGUCCGUUCAUCAUGACUAAAGUGACUUUAAAGAAGAAAAUGAGUAGAAAGAAAGCGAAGAGAGCCGAGGAGACUGAAGACAGCAGAGAGAAGAAGACGGAGGUGGUUUAUGAUGACGAAGAUGAUGAGGAGGAUUUAAAUGAAAAUAUAACCAGUGAGGAAGAGGAGGACGAGGAUGGUGAGGAUGAACGGAAACGUCUCAAGCUCCUGGAAGCCAUCAGCUCUCUGGGAGGAAAGAGGAAAAAGACUCUGGGAGAGAGAUCGGAGGCAACCGUACAGAUGUCCGAGUUCAGCGUGAACGCCGAUGGAGAGGGUGAAAAAGUCGACCUGUCAGACCUAAUCGGAUCUUUGGAGAAAACCCCCGCUGUGCCCUCUAAGACGAAGAAGCAGCUGAAGACCCUGCAGCAGAACAAGAAGACCAUAGAGAGUCCUCUGAGUAAGCAGGAGACUGAGAGGAUCCAGAGGGAUCUAUCCUUCCAGAAGGCCGCCUCUGAGGUGAGCCGCUGGAAACCCAUCAUCAAACAGAACCAGAGGGCCGAGCAGCUGGUGUUCCCCCUCAACCAGGAGCCACCUGGACCCAAACCCAUGGAGAGGGUGGUGACCGGCUGGAAGGCCAGGACCCCGCUGGAAGAGGAGAUCUUCGCCCUUCUCAACGUCAACAAACAGCCCAUCAACGACCCCGUACUGACCAAGGAGGAGGAGGUGUCCAUGAAGGCCAUGAGCCUGGAGGAGGCAAAGAUCCGGCGUGCAGAGCUGCAGAAAGUCCGUGCCCUGCAGUCGUACUAUGAGGCCAAAGCCCGUAGAGAGAGGAAGAUCAAGAGCAAGAAGUACCACAAAGUUCAGAACAAGGCCAAGCGCAAAGAUUUCCUGAAGAAGUUUGAUGAGAUGGUGAAGUCAGACCCCGCCACCGCCUUAGAGGAGCUGAACAAAAUGGAACUGGCCCGCAUGCAGGAGAGGAUGUCGCUGAAGCACCAGAACAGUGGAAAGUGGGCCAAAUCCAAGGCCAUCAUGGCUAAAUAUGACGAAGGAGCUCGUAAAGCCAUGCAGCAGCAGCUGGAGGUGAACAAGGAGCUGACACAGAAGCUGGUGACGAGGCUGAAUGAUGAAGAAGACGAGGAGGAGGAAGGAGGAGACCCUGAGGUGCUGCCUGAUUUUGUGAAUGAUGCGGAGCAGGGAGGGGAUUCUUCCAACCCAUGGAUGAGAGGGAAGCUGUCUGAAGACCCAGUAGAGAAAGAGGUGACUGAGACAGUGGAUCUGACAGCAGAGGAGGAGCCUGAAGAGGAGCAAGAGGAGGAGGAGGUGAAGGAAACAGAGGAGGAAACACUGCUCAGAGAGUUUGAGAACAAGAGGAAACAGCGCCAGGCUCAGGAAGAUGAAACGAUACUGGUGAUAAAUCUGGAUGAUGAUGAUGAAGAGGAGGAGGCAGAAGGAGAAGAGCAGUUGUCAGAGUUCACAAACCUUUAUAAAGAAAUCACAGACAGCCAACAGGAGGCUGAAGCUGAGAGGGCCGAGGCUGCUGCAGAUGCUCUAAAGGAAAGCUCGUCUGCUCAGCUAGAGGAAACUCUGCAGAGGAUCAGGACUCUGGAGGACACUGAGGAGCUCCUUGCUCAGAGGGAGACCACCACUGAUGAAGUGCCCAUUCAGCCUACUGUGGAGGAAAACCUGCCGUCUGAGGCUAAGACAGCAGGCCGAAACAAAAAGAGGAAGCGAGGGAUUGAGCUAAAAGAAGUCCUCACCAAAGAGGCCAAAGCAAUCCAGAUCCCUCUCACUCAAACAGUGGUGGAUGGCGAGGACUCUGACGACGACCAGAGGGGGCUCAUCAGAGAGGCCUUCGCUGGGGAUGACGUCGUCUCUGACUUCCUGAAUGACAAAAAGAGACAGGAGGAGGCGGGAAAACCGAAAAUGGUGGACCUGACGCUGCCUGGGUGGGGGGAUUGGGGAGGGAUAGGCCUGAAUCCAUCCCGCAAGAAACGCAGGAGAUUCAGGGUCAAAACAGCACCGCCUCCACUGAGGAAAGACCAGCACCUGCCGAACGUCAUCAUCUCUGAGAAGAGGAACAGCUCCAUCACGCCCCACCUGGUCAACUCGCUCCCCUUCCCCUUUGAGACCCAUGCUCAGUUCGAGAGCACCAUACGCGCGCCGCUGGGCCGGACCUGGAACACGGAGCAGACUGUGAAGAAGAUCAGCAAGCCGAAGGUGGUGACACAGCUGGGCGCCAUCAUUGAGCCAAUGGCGAAGGAGGAGCUGAUGAAGAACAAGAAGCAGACGAGUACGAGUACGGGGACUAAAAACAAAGUGACGGUGGACUCCGGGAAGGGAAAAUCUAAAGAAAAGGGAGCCAAAAAAUCCUGAGAAUAAGAGCUCUGACAAAUGUUCAUGAUGUUUAUUAGAUAUUAAAUCUGUUUAAUCAAUAUAAUAAGGCUCUAAGAUUAUCUGUGAUCAUUUUCUGUUGAUAGAAGCCUGUUAGUUCAACUAACAGUCUUACUUUUUUAACUACAUUCUUUGUUGAAGUUGAAGCAAGAGUUUUAUGACAUUUUUAAUAAGGUGGAUGUUGAGUGUUUGGGUGUUGAAAUUAAAAGUUAAAUCAAAUUUAUUAAUAAAAAGAACAAAUAUAUAUACAGUAUAUUUUUUAUUCUGUACAGUUGCUACUUCACCGCUGUAAAGUCGUAUAUAGCAGCUGCAUCAGGUUAUAAUUAAGCACUAGUUUCCUUAAAAUUGACAAUGGCCAGGCAGGUGACUCUGGUUAACAUCCAUACAAGUUUAUUUUUCCACCUUUGUUCCCUU